CCUUCAAUGAUGUACCCUUCGUAUAUAAAACAACAUGGCUUUGAUAGCGAACAGACUCGAUUUUCUGGAAAAUAUGGACUUUAUUUAUAUAGGGAUACAAAAUACGAUCUCGAUUUCAAUGAAGAGUUUUCUGCUCUUCAUGGACAUUCUUUACUUGAACAAGCGGAAUAUCUAAAUGAUGCUAUUAGAUAUAUUUUAUCUUUAUACCCAGCAGCUAGGAAAAAUCAACAAGCAGAUUCAUCAACACAACCACUUCCUGAUCCUACUGCCGUAAUUAUUAUUGGUCAUUCGAUGGGUGGUGUUGUUGCAAGAACGCUAUUUACGAUGCCAAAUUAUCAACCUGGGUCUAUUAAUACCAUUUUAACAAUGGCGACACCACAUAUAUUACCACCGGCUCCAUUUGAUUGGCAAAUUAGUAAAAUUUAUACCGACAUUAAUGAUUUUUGGAGAAAUGGUUAUUCUCAAAGUGUAACACGACAGAACUCACUCGCAGACUUAGUUAAGGUAGUUGCAAAGUCUUUGUUAGGGAUUGUUGACAUAAGACGUGCUGGCCAAACAGAACCAAGUCAAAAAAGGAUGACUGUAUUUCGUAAAAUUUUUUUGACCGGUCUUGAAGAUCCAGUAGACUUUGAUGAUUCAUAUCAGUUUUUAGAUAUGGGGCAAAGACUUGUAAUAAAUGGUUCUGUUUCAGCGGCGAAAGCAUAUUUAAUGCCAAUACCACCGCCAGCACCGCAUUCUACCUUGAACACAUUCUCUUUUUUAACGGAUCAAUCUCUUUUAAAAGGCUCUGGUUUAGAUAUUCUUUUAUGUGAUGUGAUGACAAAAGAAAUCCCUGAACACAAUAAUAAAAUAGAUCUUUCUGUAAACGAUUUAACAUUACCAACUGCACCUAGGCUUUCAUGCUAUUCAGUAUCUAAUGAGGCGUCAUUAGUACCCGCUUCGAGAAGUGAUAUUAAAAGUAUUAUACAUGAUAAAUCUUUUAAUUUUUUGAAACUUAAAGUUAAAGAAUUGGGCGAUUAUCAAUAUAUUGCAGUUGUGUUUUCAAAAGAACUCGUAAAUGGUUUUUUAAUUGGCGAGUUUUUUGAUGAAAGAAUCACAUUAGCCGAUAUCAACACAUCAAUGAAAGACCUUUUAAUAGAUGGUAUUCAUAUUGACGCAUUUCCUGAACACAUUGCUUUAUUGUCAAUGUUACGAAUUCCAGUUAUCGACAGCAGUUUGUUAACUUAUAAGAUGUCUAUCCGUCGCACCGGAUGUGUUGGUAAAAUGCCAAUAUUUACACAGUCUAUAUCUACAAUGUACGAAUCAAAGUUUAUUGUUAAUGUUGAUGAUUCAGAUUUAAAUAUUCACGGACAAGCUCCAUUUGUCACGCCGGUUCCAAAUGGUUGCGGCAGCAUUUCCUUUCAUUAUUGUUGUAAUGACAUUGAGGGCUCAACUUAG